UCCCGGCCCUUCCCCUCCCUCCCCGCCCGGCCCCGCCCGCAGGUAGCGGCCGCCUCCGCCGCCGGGGGGGGGUGGCCCGGGAGGAUGAAGGUGAAGGUGAUCUCGGUGCUGGAGGACAACUACAUGUACCUGGUCAUCGAGGAGCGCACCCGCGACGCCGUGGCCGUGGACGCCGCCGUGCCCAAAAGGCUGCUGGAGAUCGUCAGGAGGGAGGACGUGGUGCUGCGAGCCGUCCUCACCACCCACCACCACUGGGACCACGCGCGGGGCAAUGAGGAGCUGGCGAGGCUGUGCCCCGGGCUGCGGGUGUACGGCGCCGAUGAGCGGAUCAGGGCCCUGACGCGCAAGGUGGCCCCCAACGAGGAGCUGACGUUCGGGGCCAUCCGCGUGAGGUGCCUCUUCACCCCCUGCCACACCUCGGGCCACAUGUGCUACUUCAUGUGGGAGGACGGCUCCCCAGAUGCACCAGCUCUCUUCUCAGGUGACACCCUGUUCGUGGGAGGCUGCGGGAAGUUCUUCGAGGGGACGGCGGAGCAGAUGUACACCAACCUCACCCAAGUGCUGGGGGCGUUGCCGAAGGAGACGAAGGUGUUCUGCGGCCACGAGUGCACCGUCCGAAACCUCAAGUUCGCCUUAAAAGUGGAACCGGAGAACGAAGUAGUGAAGAAGAAACUUGCGUGGGCCAAAGUAAGUGUCUGUGCCCCUGUGGGGGUGAUGGCGGGGGGGAUGUUGGGUGCCAGCAGGUUUUUGGACGCAUCUGGUUCCUUGCAGCAGCGGGAUGAUGAGGACUUGCCCACGGUGCCCUCCACGCUGCAGGAGGAGUUCCUCUACAACCCCUUCCUGCGGGUCACGGAGGAGGCCGUGCAGAAAUUCACGGGCAAGACGGAGCCGGUGGAGGUGCUGAGGGCUCUCCGCACCGAGAAGGAUAACUUCAAGAAGCCCAAGGAGCGGCCCCAUCCCCAGGCCGUGCUGGCCUUCGACUGGGGACUUUUCAGCCCCUUCCUGGAGAAGAAGUGAGCCGCGGUGGCAGCAGGCGGCUCCCCGGUGCGGCCGUGGGCACGGCCACCAAAACGCAGCGUCCCGGUGGUGGCAGGGGCCUCGCCGCUGGGAAGGGGCUCCUGUCCCGAGCCUGCUCGUUUGCAGCCCAAUCUGCUGUCGCUCCCUCCAAUGCUGAGCCCGGCUCCUGCUGCCCUCGGGAGCUUUGGAAGCGUGUGGCUGCCUCCAGCGAGCAGCCACGCCGGUCAGCCCUGCGCCGCCGGGACGUGGGUGCUGCUGCAGAGGGUGAGGAGGCGUUUGGGGGAGCGGGGAGACCGGCAGCACCCAGCGGGCUCCAGACCCUUCUGCCUCCUCCAACUGCCUCGUGCUGCUCCGCUCGGGCAUCCCCGUGCCCUGAUCAGGCUCGGGGCAGGGACGGGUGCGAGGCCCUGGGGACGCGCAGGAGGAGCUGCCG